GGUGAGCCACUGCCGCGGUGACGUCAGGUCCCGCCGCCCCUGCAGCGCUGAAUGGACCGCGCAGCCUGUCUGAUCCACUCCAAAACAGCUCUGCACGGCACGGCACAGCACGAACACCAUCCCGGGAAUAGAGAAAUAACAGGGAUAGAUGCUUGACGGGACGGGCCGCCAUUGAGAUCAUUCUACAAAGUGGACAGAGAGGCCCCAACAACAGCAUAAUUGUUAUUUAUUUAUUUAUUUUCAACACAAGACAGGACGGGGGAGUGCGCCCACCGUGUUGCGGGUGUAUGUGCGUGCGUUUGUCUCCCGGUUUGGAUCACGAUGAUGCAAAGUGCAGCGGUCCUACAGACAGAGAGUCCUGUUAAGAGUUUACCGGAGAUUCUCGGAGUGCCACUGCAACAGAUCCCUCAGUGCGCAGGCUGUAGUCAGCACAUCCUGGACAAGUUCAUCCUGAAGGUGCUGGACAGACACUGGCACUCCAAGUGCCUCAAGUGCGCAGACUGCCAGACUCCGCUGGCGGACAAAUGUUUCUCCCGGGCAGGAAGCGUCUACUGCAAGGAGGACUUCUUCAAGCGUUUUGGAACAAAAUGUGCAUCAUGUCAACAGGGCAUCCCUCCAACGCAGGUUGUGCGGAAGGCACAGGACUUUGUCUAUCACCUGCACUGCUUUGCCUGCAUUAUGUGCAGCAGGCAGCUGGCCACCGGGGAUGAGUUUUACCUCAUGGAAGAUGGAAGGCUGGUGUGCAAGGUGGAUUAUGAGACCGCCAAACAAAAUGAUGAUUCAGAGGCGGGGACCAAGCGACCAAGGACCACUAUCACCGCCAAGCAGCUGGAGACCCUCAAAAGUGCCUACAAAAACUCGCCGAAGCCGGCACGUCACGUCAGAGAGCAGCUGUCCUCAGAGACGGGGCUGGACAUGAGAGUAGUGCAGGUUUGGUUCCAGAACCGGCGAGCAAAAGAGAAGCGUCUGAAGAAAGAUGCAGGUCGACAUCGCUGGACUCAGUUUUAUAAAAGCGUGAAACGCAACCGAGGAGGAACUAAGGUUGAGAAGGAGAGCUCAGCUGAUGAUGCAGGACUCAGUGACAGUGAACUGAGCUUCAGAGACGACCAGGUCCUGUCAGAUCUCGGCCACACUAACGGCCUUUAUGGGAGCGUCGGCGAUGUGACCAACAACGCGGUGCUGAAUGGUGGCUUCUCUGUCGAUGCAGCAGGGCAACCCUACCACGACAUCCGAGCAGGAAGUCCCUACGGCCUACCCCAGUCACCCUCCUCAAUCGCCUCCCUGCCAGGCCACACCCCCCUUCUCAACAAUCUGGGCUUCAGCAUGGACAGUCUGGUGGCACAGGGGGGACCGGGUGGUGUGGGACAGGCUCUAAGGGCCAUGGCUGGAGGCCCCACCUCAGACCUCUCCACAGGCAGCAGUACGGGAUACCCCGACUUCCCCACCAGCCCCGCCUCAUGGCUGGACGAGAUGGACCAUUCCCAGUUUUGAGUAGAAAAGAAUGGGAAUACAUCAAAACUGACUCAGAAGGCUUUUUACAUUUCUUUCUAUCGCCCUCCCAGACCGGUAUGUUUUGGUGCACUGGGUGAAGAAGAGAGAGAAGAUGUGUGACUCUGAAGCCUUCAGCAGUCGUAACUUUGAGGGUUCAAGAUGUAAAGUCCGGACAGAAGCAGUGAAGAACAUUUCCACAUUGAAUGUUCAAUCUCAACACUGUAUCAUACUAUUUUUGUUAUUACGUGACUUUAUUUUGUCCAUUCACUCUCUGAAAAUGAGACUGGAUAUCCAAUAUGUCGGUGGAUUACUCUCAGAGGGGAGGUCAUUAUUGUAAACCACACCAUCCCUGUCUAACAGCUACAGCAUUAGGGCUACAAUCUAGCUCAAUGUCCAUAUGAGACCCAGGAGGCACCUGCAUGCUUCUGAUUCAUAAUGAGUAGGACUGCUGUCUGGCCAUAUCAGAGCCGUUACAUUGGCAAUGCACUUUACUCUCCUCUUCUUUUUCUACAUGUAUGGUCAGGAUUGCAGAGGGAGAAAGAGAGGAAUAGAGGAGAGACGUAUGCACAAGGCAAGAACACAGUGUUUCAUUGGGAGAGAAAUUUACAAGAGCAGUGGCACAAGUGUGAAUUUUGAACCAUGCUAAUGUUUUUUAAUAUAUUGCUGAAGCUCACGAGUUAUUAGGAAGUAGAUGGCUGCUGGCCCAUCGUUCGUCUGUCUGUUCGUAAAAGCUGAUGUUGCCCCUGUUUGAAAGAGGGCGAACACUGUUUGCCACAAGGCAGGUCUCUCUUCUAAAUUUAUAGGUGCUUGACAUGUUCCUGUGUGCGUUAAAGCUGUUUGAGAGCAGAUGUCUGUCAGUAUUAAAUUAUCUCAGAGUGACCAGGAAUCCAAGCUUGUGUGUCUGAGGACGGCCAGUUGUGGUUUGGAGAUAUUCAGUUCUGACUGUUCUAGUAACAUAUCUCACAUUUAAACUGCUAAUUUAUUCUUUUGAAUGCACAGAUGUAUGGCGAGGACAUAUUCAUUUACAGGACAUGCAGAUUUCUUGAAUUAGAUGAGAAAUCACACGUAUAUCUGAUGCUCCAAAAUCAACAAAGUAUUAGCAGGAAUGCUGAGAAAUAUGCUUGGCUCUUCUGUUUCUUCAGUCUGAUCCGGGCUUCUCUUUUGUAAUCUGCUCAGUCCAACGACUCUAUCUUUGUCUGCUGUCAACCUACUUACUGACCCCAGAUGUGUUGUCAGCCUGUCGUCCCGCUGCCUGGCCUCCAUGUCAGAGGGAUUACUAUAGUCCCCCACAUUCAGGGCUGAUACUUUAGCAUCAGAGCUGGCAUGACUGCAGGGCUUUCUCACAGUUCAGGCAACAUCAGCUGCAUCUUAAAGCCCCGAACGAGAGCUGAAAUAGAUAAAGGAUUCCCAACGAAGAGAAGCACCAUUUCUGAUUCUCUUGAACUGCAAGCUUUCCUUGAGCCAUAAGAGCAGAUAAUAGUGUGGUUUGACCCGUUGAGCAUGGCUGUGGCAGAGCUGGAGUUUGCUCUGAUUUAAGGGAAAUAUGUCCUAAAACAUCACCCAGAUCUUCCCUCUGCUCCUGUUUCUGUUCCACAAAGAAACGAGUCCUUGUUUAUGUAGGCACCUUUUUCAAAAGAAUUGCCAAGUUUUUUCUUUUGUUUUAAAACUAGAAAUUAAAACAGAAAUCAACCUCACAGUCAAAAACCUUGGAUCACCGGCCGCAAAUUGGAGCGUAAUUAUUUGGUUAAUCUUCUGGGAUUAUAAGUAAGGAGGUUAGAAAUAAAAGGGUAACAACUUUAUUUACAAUUCCUUUUAAUUAAUUAAUAUCUUUUUUAGUAAUUGGUCAUACAGUAUAUGUAUUGCCACAUACAAAGACAGAACAAAUCAUGAAAAGAAGGAUUGAAUUAUUAAUUCAUUUAUGUAUUAAUUUAUUAUUUUCAAAAUUGUAAUUUAUUUAAAAAUACCCUUUGGAAAUAACAUGUACAGGGGUUAAAAAAAAGUGUGUAUUACUGCUGCUGGAGAUUUAGAUAUUAGUUUUUCAAGACCGAGCUGUUUAUAAGAAAAUAGUUUAAAUAUGAUGUAUGUAAAUGAUAAUUAUUUGAUGUGCCAGGUUAAUAAAAAAUACUAUACUAACAGUACUACAGGUUAUUUAUAAAUCCCCUUCCAGUCCAAAUUUGUUACCCUCUUAUUCCCAGUAUUCUUCACUUGUUCAUGUCAGAAGACUCCCAGUAAGUGUUUGACUGGUACUUCAUUUGUACAUAAUAUUUACAGUCUUAAUUUGCGGGCUGUAAUCUAAAGUUUGACAUGAAUAUAUUAUACACAAACGCAUUACCACGACAGUUUCAUUAAGUCUGUGUUGCCUCUAAAGUUUGCAUCUUAACUGUUGUAAAUUUUGUACAGUUUGAAAACGUGUUGAUUGUCUUGUUUCAUGAGCGCUAUUUAUUAUUGCCAUGUGUCUUUGAAAAAGAUGUAAAAGAGAGCACUGAAUUUAUUCAUUUAUGCCUUCUGUGUAAUGGUAUGAACUGUGUACAGUCAAAUCUAUAUGAGGAAAAUAAAGCUGAACUGUCUUUGGGUUA